AUAUGUACAUAUAUGUAUGUGAAUAACUAACUGCUUUCUUAAGUAUUUCAUAUAUUUGCCUUUUUGUAUUCAUUCUUGUUUUGGCUGUCAAAGUGUUUAAAACAACACUUUUCUACACUGCGCUAAAGAAAAAAGAAAACAAUAACAACUACCAUCUGUGUUGCUGACGAUUCGCGUUGUCGUCGUGUCGUCCGUCGUUGGUGUGUAAAUGUAAAUUGUCUGGCACAAACAAACGGUCUGUUCUUAAAAUCGUUCAGUUGUUGUAACAUUUUCUCUUAUACCGGAUAUAAAAGAAAACCAAACAAUAUUUACAUGAAAUAAAACAUUUGUUUUCGUUUCGCGUUAACGCUUUUGAUUAUAGAAAUAAAAAAAAAUUAAAUAAAACUAAAAAAAGAAAAACAUUUUUGUAAUUUCUACAAAUUUUUGUUUUACCCACACAUAAGUUAUUGUGCAAAUUACAACAAAGAGAGUGAGAAGAGAGAGAGAGAGAACUAAACGUGUAAGGUGUUUGAGACGUGUGUGUUUGACUAAAAUUUAGUGGCCCUCCGGUUAAAGUGGCAUUUAAUGCCAACCGGCGGGUGCCAGUCAGUUAUUAUUUAACAAAACUGUUGAAGCUGUAAAAUAAUUGUUUUUUUUAAUUCACCUAUAAAUUGUUGUCUUAUGAAUUAUGAACAUUUUGUGAAAAGCAAACUUGUUUUAUAGAGAGAAUAGUGAAAGAAAUAUUUUUUUCAAAGAAAAAAUAAAAAACCCGAAAGAAACAGAAAUUGUUUUAAGACUGCCCACUACGAGAACCAAGAGCGUGUGCUGUGAUAAUUUUAGUAUACAAAAUCCGUUAAGAAGCGAGUGGUCACAUUGAUUGUGAACCGAAACGAAUCGAAAAACUUGUACUGAACUGGUUUAAGUUUAAGUUUUUUUCUUUCUUGUUUUUAUAGAAAUUAUUAUUGAUAUUGAUAUUUUUUGUUUGGAUUAAGAAAAAGGAAAUCGCCACCUUCCCUGUAAGAAGGCCAAAACGAUUGUGAUAUUAAUUUGGAAGUGAGACAUAGAGAAGAGAAGAUAAGAGGAGAGAAAGUAUAUUUUAUUUUAUAUAUUAUUAUACUUUUAUUAGAAACAUUAUACUUAAACUAUAGUUUGUAAAAAAAAGUCUUGUCUUUGGAGAUAUUUUUUUUUUAAAAAAAAAGAAAACAAAAAAACCGAACGUUUGGAUAAACUCUAAUUGUCCUUUUUAAAUUACUAACAAUUGCAGAAAUUUUGUAUUUCAUUUAAUUUCUAUAUAUAUAUUUCUUUUUCAACACCUGUUUAAUAAAACUUUAUAUAUAUGAAUAACAUUCAACAUAAACCGGCAAUCGCAUCAUCUUCAUCAUCAUCAUCCUCAUUGACAUCAUCGUCAUCAUCAUUGCCAUCAUCUGCAUUGAUCACACUUGCAUCACCACCACCAUCAUCAGCUUCAUCACCAUCAUCGCUAACAUCAUCAGCCAGCAUCUCAUCAACACCACCUUCUCCACCUUCAGUUGCAAAUUCAUCAGCGAUAACAUCCGAGUCAUCCUCAUCAUCAUCUACUUCUUCUGCAACCAUAACACUACAACAGACGCCAUUGUUGCAUACCUUAGCUCCUACCUCACCCACGCCUCCACCCACUCCGCCUACACCACCGCCUUCAGCUAGCAAUUCUAAUACCCCAUCCCCACCGUCCUCGCCCUUUGCGGGAAUUUCAUUGAAUUUUUCGCCACCCACUGCUCAGAACUCAUGUGGUAGUGGUAGUACGCCUACUACCUCUCCCACUGACGAGGCAGAGGAAACCUGCUCCAAUUCCUGUUGUUCUUAUCCAACUUUUGAGCAAAUUAAGCAAAAACUCAAAAAUCAAGAAUCACAAACCCAACUGACCCUCUUAAAUUCCCUACUACUUUCCUCCACAGCUAACGCCGCUGUCGUCCAGCACAUCCCACAUUCGACUUUAGUAAGAUCUGUGACAGCUACCAGCAUCAUGGAUAUGCCCUACAACACCUCACCUUCCUUACGUGUGCGCACCACUUCGCUUAAUCAGCUCAAGAAAACCGCCGACCUUGCCAUCGAAAACGAGUUGCAUGUCUGCCCCAGUGAAAUGCCCGAUGAAUUGCGUAAACUUCUGCCUCCCACCUCGGAGACCGUGAUGACUAAACCGUUUCCCAUACGUGGCGAGCGAGCCAUUUCCGAUGUGUCGACUCCUCAUGUCAUUGCCAUGGUCGGCUUGCCCGCCAGAGGUAAAACAUUUAUCUCCAAGAAACUUGCCCGUUAUCUAAACUGGAUUGGUAUUGCCACUAGGGUCUUUAAUUUGGGAGAAUAUCGUCGUCAUGCCACUAGCGCCUACAAGUCUCAUGAGUUCUUCCGCGCCGACAAUGAAGAAGCCAUGACCAUACGCAAUCGCUGUGCCAACCAGGCCUUGCACGAUUCCUGCGAAUGGCUAUUGAGUGGUCAAGGCAGUGUGGCUGUCUUUGAUGCCACCAACUCCACAUAUGACAGGCGUAAAUUGAUACAUGAGAUUGUUGUGCAGCAACAUGGCUUCCGUUUGUUCUUUGUCGAAUCCAUUUGUGAUGAUCCCAGCAUCAUUGAGCAAAACAUCAAGGAGGUAAAGGUUAGCUCGCCCGACUACAUCAACAUGAAUACCGAUCUGGUAGUGCGUGAUUUCCUUCAGCGUAUAGAGCACUACGAGGAGCGUUAUCAACCCAUCGAUGAGGUAAGAGAAGAGCAUUUGAGCUUUAUGAAAAUCUACAAUGCUGGCAAAAAAGUUGUCGUUUACAAUAACGAGGGCCAUGUAGAGUCUCGCAUUGUUUAUUAUUUGAUGAAUAUACACAUAACGCCCAGGACCAUUUACCUCACCCGUCAUGGUGAGUCAGAGCACAAUCUCAAGGGCCUCAUAGGUGGCGAUUCCAAUUUAAGUGAACGUGGUCGUUUAUAUGGCAAAGCCCUGUCAGCUUAUAUCGAACAACAGCAUAUAGAAGGCUUACGUGUUUGGACCUCCUGGAUGAAGAGAGCCAUACAAACAGUGGCCGGCGUUCGGGCUCCCCAGGAACGUUGGAAGGCUCUUAAUGAGAUCGAUGCUGGCCAUUGCGAAGAAAUGACUUAUGAGCAGAUCAAAGAGAAUUUCCCCGAAGAGUUUAGUGCUAGAGAUCAAAAUAAAUUUGCCUAUCGUUAUCCACGCGGCGAGAGUUAUGAGGAUUUGGUGGCCCGUUUAGAGCCCGUUAUCAUGGAAUUGGAACGUCAAGGCAAUGUAUUGGUAGUCUCUCAUCAGGCAGUACUACGUUGUUUGUUUGCCUACUUCCUUGAUAAGUCGGCCGAUGAAUUGCCAUAUCUGUAUGUGCCCCUACACACUGUGAUCAAGUUGACACCGGUGGCCUACGGCUGUAAGGUGGAACAUAUUAAAUUGCCCAUCGAUGCAGUCGAUACACAUCGUCCCAAGCCGAAAAUACCCGGAGAUGUUUCACUAGGUCUUGAUGGAUUAAGCGGUGAGUUGGUAGCUCCUGAUGGUGUGGGUAAGGUGUUGAUUGUGGGCGAUGAUGUGACUAAGGCGACUAACGGCGGUAUGUUUGGCAAUGGCCUGGUUGCAUCCGUUUCCUCAGACACAAACAACACCACCACCAGCACACCCACUACCCCUUCUGAUGGCGGCAAUGUUAAAAAUAACGCUGCCAUCAGUCAGUGACAUCGUUGCCAACACAAACGCGUUCUAAUCAAACGUGGACUGCUGGCUCAGUUUCAUUCAAAUCGUUUUAAUACAUUAUAAAAUCGAAGAAAUAUUCAAUCGCCGUUUACAAUUUAGAAUAAAAUUUUCAUUUAAAAUAAUAGCAGCAUUUUCUUUAUUUUUUUUUUAAUCAAACUAAUGACACAACAUUUUGCAAAUAUUUUUCAAAACAAAUGAUUUUAACGUAGUUUCCUGGAAGUGUGUGAAGGAUUUUUAUAUUUGCAAUACAAACUGGCAGCUGUAUCAAAAAAUUUGUCUUGAGUCAUAUGAUAAAUAUUUUAUUUGAAUAGUCUUUUGAUCAUUUAUUUUGAUUCUUCAUAAAACUGAGACUAUACUUUGCUUUCAAAAUUCUUUAAAAGUUUAUUUUUUGUUCUCAUUUCAUUCUGUAAUUUUCAGUUAAUCUGAUUUGUUAUAAAAAUUUAUAUAUUUUUUAUUUUUUAAUUUUGAAAUAUGUUACACCGUACUUGCAACUACGUAAAGCCAUUUCAGUAAAAUUAGUAAAUAUUUCCAUAAUAUUUUAAAGUUUAAAUUAUUACAAUAUAUUAAAUGAGCAUUAAUGUAAGUGUCAUAUGUUUUCAUUACCAUAAUGUUCAUAUUUCCUUUCAAGGUGAUUGUUAUUGCCAUUGAAAUUUAAACUAAAUUUUAAACAAUAGAGAAAAUUUCAUUCAUUAUAUUACCUCCUGAAAAUCAUUUUGUUGUUGAAAUUUAAACUUAAUGUUGAAAAAUAAAAUAUUCUUCUUAAACACAUCUCUCAACUACUAAAACUAGAGUUAAAUAAAAAGUCUACCCCAAGGGUUUGAAAGUGUUAUACAAAAUAGACAUAAUUAAAGGCAAAAUCAUAAUUGUUAAAAAAGGACACAAAAAUCUUAAUAUGUUUGUGAUAUGAAACCACAGACGAUUAUAGUUCUGCCUUUUUGUUUAAAACUUAUUUUUUACUUAAAUAAUAACGUUUUUCUUAGUAAAAUAUGUUUAAAAAAAAAGUAGUUAUCGAUCUAACUCUACAAUAUAAAAUGAAUGACUGAAAGUAACUAAAAAAAACUUUUUUGCUGUCUUCAUUUCAUAUAAAAUAAUUUCUUUGAACAUUUUUCUGCCUUUGACAGUGUAAAGUUUCCUUCUAUUUUUUUUAAAUAAAUAAUUAAUUAAUUGUUCGCUAUGUUUUUUUUUAAUAUUAUAAUUAAAUAUUAGUUUCAUUUUGUGCUCGAAACUCAGAGGCAAGACUUUUCGACUGAAAUAAAUGUUAACUUAAAGAAAAAUAAAAAAACAAAUCAUGUAAACUUAUUAUUAAAUAUAUAAAAAAAUACUUAAUAUACAUUAUUAAAUACAUACUUAUAUUUAUAUUAUUGUACAUCAAAACUUAAGAAAUCCUAAUUGUAAACAUUUGAUUGUGUCUCUGAUAUAUUUUCAUUGUACUAGAAUUAAAAAAUAAAACUUAUAUUUCAAAUAAAUAAAAUUGAAUUUCUCAUUAUCAUAUUGAAUAAUAAAUAAAUGGAAUAAAAUUUAUAAAAUUAUAA